GUACCGACAUGCAGAGUUCCGGACUCGCAUGGUGUGACUCGCUCUUGGUGCGCCGCACUUGCGGCUCAAGGGGCCGCCGAACCACCACUCGUAUUGGGGGGGGCCAUGGAUGAGAAGGAUUCGCGGAUUGAAAGCAUGGGACGCGCACGAUCUCCGACAGUUUUGGAGAUGGAUAUCUUCCUGGCCAUCCGGGAUCCCACUUGCUCCUAUUGCUUCGAGCGCUACAGUCGCAUCGCAGGGAUCGACAACAUCGAGGUCAUUGACUUCAAGACCGAUCUUCGCCCAAGUUUGGAGAACUUCCGGGCGCGGAACCUGCACAGGCCUUUGCUGGUGGUGGUUGGGGAGACACAUCGCUUGGCCGAGAUAAAGGAUCUGCCCUUGACUGGCCGCGCGCCUUUUGUCGUCGACGCCACGGGGAAAGGUCCACAGGACCCAGUGGCACAGGCCACCUUGGUCGCGUCAUGUACACAGCAGGAAUUCGAGGAAGUUCUUCUCCGCUGUGUCAGCGAUUGGGCCAAGCUUUUUGGAUACCCGGCUUGGUUGCCAUCCAGGUGGGAAGUCGCUCCGGUAACCCGAACCAAAAGCCGCGGUUACAACCUGAGCAGCGGGCUGUGGUCCAUUCAUGAGGACCUUGAGCCUGGAACGUCGGAGCUGUCGCCCAAGAAGGACAUCACUACCAGUCAGGCCUCGCGAUCGACCACGGCAGACGGGCCUCAUGAGGGAUCGUUGAGUGAGUGAUGGCGGCGAAGGAUUUGGUGGUGAGUGCUGAAAGGCACCGUGGCAUGUUCCCGCGAAGGCGCCCACGGCGCGACGGCCAGCAAACCGGUUUCAUCUGGUUUCACUGUGCCACCCCUCGGUGUUCAGUGUCGAAGUGGCCCG